GCAGUGUUUUGCAAUUCGUUGCUGUUGGUGCUAUGCCGCGAAGCGUAUUGCAAGACCCUUUGCUUCUCUCUUAACUCAAAUGGUCGGAGAUAGAAGAUCUAGUAGCACUAGAGGUGCUAGGCGAGACUCUCUGUGAACUACUUUUCUCCCGUGGCCUGCUCAACAUUGACGCUAUGGACAAGGGCAUGUUCCGAAUUUGUUUUCGUUUUCAGAAAGAGGACAUAGUGAAGGUACGAGUAGCUUUGCGCAUUCCAGAAACGGUUAUUACUGCUCAGAGAGUGCCGAUCUCAGGAGACGAAGCCCUCUGCAUUACUCUUCGACGGCUGGCCUAUCCGAACCGACCUAAAGACCUCGAGAACUUUUUCUGCCGACACAGCUCGACAAUAUCGUCCCUGACGAUAGAGGUCUUGAGGUACAUCGAUGAGAAGUUUUCCCACUUGCUGGACGAUGUGAAUUAUCACAGCUGGCUGACCAUCGACACGCUGGAGAAUUUCUCGAAGGCCAUUUACGCUAAAGGAGCCCCUCUUACCAACUGCUGGGGCUUCAUUGAUGGCACUGCGCGUGCUAUAUGCCGACCAACCAGGCAACAGCAGCUGUAUUUCAGCAAACACAAAAGAUUUCAUGCCCUGAAGUACCAAUUCAUAAUGUGCCCGAAUGGCAUCAUUUGUCAGUUGGAUGGAUGUUAUCCGGGCAGCAGGCACAAUGCUGGUAACUUUGGCAACAGCCAGGUCUACACUAAACUGGAAAAGCUGGUGCAGGGACACCACUACAGUCUUUACGGGGAUCCUGCUUACCCAUUGCGGCCACUUCUGUUGAAACCUUACGGCGGUGCAUCUUUGACCCUGAAGCAAUGUUUCCGAAAAAACCAAAAGAUCUUCCGCCAUAAUGUUGCAAGGAUGUACAAAGCGAGCGCAUUGCUGGCAAACUGCCAUACUUGCCUGUAUGGUGCACAGGUCUCACAAUGCUUUGAUCUGCAACCACCAUCCUUGGAAGUGUACUUGAAUGCCCGUUAA